CCGGACUCUUGGUUCAAGCCGUGACACUCUUGCGUCACUAUCCUUCCUCUUGACCAAGCAAUCCAUCAUCACCAUCUACUACUACAACCCACCUGGACACCAACAGAGAACAACCAUCCAACACAUCGGAAAAAGCUAUCAACCAUACUAGUACUCUCAUCUUCUCAUCAUGGACAAAAUCAAAGAGAAAUUGGCUACUCUCCGCGCUGAAGCAGAUGCCGCUAUGGAAAGAGCGGAGACAGCAGAAGCCAAAUUUAAAAAAUUAGAGAUGGAGAGUAUGGUGAAAGAUCAAGAGUUGGUCUCACUUCAACACAAGGUUAGCAACCUCGAAGCUGACCUUGAAGCAGCCGAGAAGAAGUUAUCAGACGCCAAGUUACAAAAAGAAGAAGAAGAAUCCAACAAGUCGACUAACGAAAAUCUUAACCGGAAGAUUGCCCUUCUCGAAAGCGAGUUAGAUAAUGCGGAGAAGAACUUGAGGGAAACGACUGAUAAGCUCCGUCAAGUCGAUGUCAAAGCUGAGCAUUUCGAACGACAAGUGCAACGUAUCGAAUCUGAGAGAGACUCCUGGGAGAAAAAAUGGGAGGAGACGCAGGAGAAGUACGUUGCGUCCAAAAGAGAGCUCGAGGAAGUUGUCCAACAGAUGGAGUCGCUAUAAUUCUCUCGUUCUUGACCCCCUCAUCAUAUAUCAGUAUGAUGUAAUUUCGUUGGCUUGAGUUUUUGUUUAACGUCAAAAACAACAUUGUAAUCAAAUCAGAUGACCGAUUGACGCUCAGAUAACGUGAUAGUGAUAGUGAUAGUGAUGGUCCAUCGUAUCCGGUCCAACCCACUCUUACGACUAAUCUUAUGAGUUUAUCUACUUGAUUUGAUCGUUGGUCAUCCCAGCCCCACUUUUCCUUUAGAAUCUUUCUCAGCUCACCAGCAUUUUAAACCAAAUCAGUUUCUGGAAAUUGUAUUGCUUUCUCAUGAUCUGAUCCACCCUGUUUUUAAGACUCUAUUCCUAUCGUCAUCACGGC